AGUAGCAUUGUAUGGGAUACUGUAGCCGCAAGCUAGGACCUGCGUCAAGAGCACCACGAUAAGACACACCACUUCCGCUGUGGAUUUUCAAAAUAAAAAUAAGUUGCAAUGUUGCAUCACCGUCACGAAGUACUGGGUUGAAUCUGCGGGAUAUGUUUAAGGAUGCUGGGCUGUGGGAGCGAGUGAAGGCGGUCUCCUCAUCCAAGGCUGUGGGCAGAAAUGAAGAGCCAGCAGAAGAGCCCUGACCCAGAUGGGAGUGUUCCCGUCAAUGAGGAAGGGUCAGUAGCCACUGCAGAGGACCCAGCAGCCAUUGCCACCAUCCAGUCUGCCACCACCUUCUCUGACCAAUCCAUCAAAUACCUGUUCAAGACAGAAGGAGCAGGAGGCCAGGUGACCUACAGAGUGAUCCAGGUGUCAGACGGUCAGCUGGAGGGGCAGACAGACGGAGCUGCAGCUGUCAGCCUCGUCACCGGAUUCCCUGCAACCACGCAGACGGUCACACAGGCGGUGUUCUCCCAGUCAGACGGGUUGGAGGGAGAUGGCAGCACCGAGACACAAUACACCUACUACCCCGCCACCAUUGCCGACGCCACAACCGGCACCAUGGUCACCACGGUGCAGGCGUCCGACACGCUGCUGGGCCAGACCACGCCCACAGGUCAACUCUAUGUGAUGAUGUCACCCCAGGAAGUUUUGACGGGAGCUAAUCAAAGGACAAUCGCACCUCGCACGCAGCCAUACAUAGCAAAGCAAGAGGCUCCUCGGGCUUCCAGGGAUGAGAAACGGCGAGCUCAGCACAACGAAGUUGAGCGCCGACGCAGGGACAAGAUCAACAACUGGAUUGUGCAGCUGUCAAAGGCCAUCCCAGACUGCAAUGUGGACUAUACCAAGACAGGCCAGAGUAAAGGAGGGAUCUUAUCCAAAGCCUGCGAUUACAUCAAGGAGCUCCGACAGAACAACCUGAAGCUCGGGGAAGACAUCAGUGCGCUCGAUCGUCUCAGGAUUGACAACCAGCUACUUCGACAGGAGGUGGAAGACUGGAAGUCCAAGAACCAGAUCUUGAGGAACCUGCUGCGACAGCACGGCAUUGUGGGAUCAUCCAGCACAGACCCGCAGUGAGAAGUGUGACAAGACGCCGGGUAUCUGCUGACAACCACAUAUGGGCCAAAACCGUACUUGAAAUGCUUUCAGAUACUUUAUAUGUGAUUGAACAUGCAUGACGUAUGGCAGAUAAUUCAACUACUUUGCUAAGUGAAACUUAAAUAUUUGCUCUGAAGCUUUUUAAAGUAUUUAAAUAAUGUUAAACCCUUUGCCUGAUGAAGACAACCUGAGCAGAAUGAGAUUUUGGACCCGACACUCACGAGCAAGAACGCAUUGGACUUUGUCGUUUGGAAAGUCACAACAGCUGUGUGAAACCCUCAUUGAAUGCCUCCCUUAACAAACAUUAUGAUUGUUCCAACAAUAUUCAAUAAGCUCUAAAAUAUGAACAAGUUGCCAUGUACAUGUUUUUAUUUUGUUUUGUUUUUGUUGUUUUUUUUUUUUUCUUAAUCUUUCCAGUACUGUGCUUUGCUGUAUCAAAUGCACUCAUGUUGAAGUCUCCAACAUAUUUUAUUCACUCUUGGACUUGUUUUCAUCUUUUUCUCAGUUUCAGUUUGACCAGAUGAUAUGAAAGAUAUCAUCCAGUAUAUAGUUCAGAUAUUUUGCUUUGUAUUUUUAUUUUUAU